AUUGUCUCUUCUUGAUUAAUAAAAAAGAACAAGUAAAAUGAAAAAUCAAAUUAGAAAAUUUGAGAUGAGUAAUUUGGGAUGAAGGGAGUAAUAAAUUGAUACUUGGGCACGAUUGGGCUGUUUGAUAAUGCCGGGGGGCAUUUUUGUCUUAUAAAUAAUUCAAAGUUAUUUUCCAACCAUAGUAAAGACAGGACAUUUUCAUUUAUUUUCAACAUUCAGGAUUAUUUUUUUGCCAGUUCGUUUAAAGAAUAAUUUUUUUUUUAAAAAAAAGGAUCUACAGCAUAAAAAUUCGAACUUGUCAGUAAUAGAAUAUACUUUGUUGACACUAUAGUCUGAUUUUGAAAAUCAGUGGUUAUUUGGGCGGUCCGUUUCACAUUUCAAAAUCUGAAGUUCUGCACUUCCCUUACAAACCCUAGGAGGGAUCAAAAUUAUGAAGACGGCGAAGCCAUUGAAGCAACUUAAGCUCUCUGUACCUGCUCAAGAUACUCCCAUUUCCAGCUUCCUGACUGCAAGUGGAACGUUUCAUGAUGGCGAUUUGCUUUUGAACCAGAAAGGACUCAGACUGAUUUCUGAAGAGAAUGAUUCUCUGCCAUCAGAAACUAAGGAGAUAGAUCUUCAGUUUUCAUUGGAAGACCUUGAAACCAUCAAAGUCAUUGGAAAGGGAAGCGGUGGUGUUGUUCAACUUGUUCGUCAUAAAUGGGUUGGAACAUUGUUUGCUCUGAAGGUUAGUACUCACCAAGCAAAGAUACUUUGUGUUCCUCUUUUCUCUCAAUUUAAUUUGUUAUUGAUAUUUGCAUAUAUUUAGGACCAAGAAGAGUGC